AUGGCCGAGACCUACGACUUCCUCUUCAAAUUCCUGGUGAUCGGCAGUGCAGGAACUGGCAAGUCAUGUCUCCUCCAUCAGUUCAUUGAGAAUAAGUUUAAACAGGACUCUAACCAUACCAUCGGCGUGGAGUUUGGAUCCCGGGUGGUCAACGUGGGUGGCAAGACUGUGAAGCUGCAGAUCUGGGACACGGCUGGCCAGGAGCGGUUCCGGUCGGUGACGCGGAGUUAUUACCGAGGGGCAGCUGGAGCUCUGUUGGUAUACGACAUCACCAGCCGGGAGACAUACAACUCACUGGCCGCCUGGCUGACAGAUGCCCGCACACUGGCCAGCCCCAACAUCGUGGUCAUCCUCUGUGGCAACAAGAAGGACCUGGAGCCUGAGCGUGAGGUCACAUUCUUAGAGGCCUCCCGCUUUGCCCAGGAGAAUGAGCUGAUGUUCUUGGAGACCAGCGCACUCACAGGCGAGAACGUGGAGGAGGCCUUCCUGAAAUGUGCUCGGACCAUCCUGAACAAGAUCGACUCAGGUGAGCUAGACCCCGAGAGGAUGGGUUCAGGCAUUCAGUACGGUGAUGCUUCUCUCCGCCAGUUGCGGCAGCCCCGGAGUGCACAGGCUGUGUCGCCUCAGCCCUGUGGAUGCUGA